AUGUCUUCGAUCGACGAAUUUGCUAUACCUAACACGAUACUUCGUCAUUUCGAUUUAUCCGAUACACCAUGGACCCAACUCACCUCACCUUCGAUAGAGGAUAGGAGGAAGAAGCUACCAGAUGGAAAGUUGUUCUUCGACAGGUUGUUGGAACUGGUUGGACUGGAUGGCGCCUCGUUGUACCCACCGAAUACACCUGCUGGCAUACGUAGAUUACUCCAUUCGAUCCAGUCCCUCGAACUAGACCGUCUGAAGAAGGAUUGUUUCUAUUACUACCUUCUCAGAGAUUACGAUUCUUCAUCACGUAUAGAACCUUCUAUGGAUGUCGAUGGAGAGGAAGAUGGAGAUCUCACUGUCAUAAGCAGAGUACCUAAUGGCAAUAAUACAUCUGGGAAAGCACAAUCGUUUGCAAAGAGAAGGUGUAUGCCUCUUACCUGGAUUAGAUUCAUGGAUGGUUAUUGGGCUUUGGAUCAUGGUGUAUAUGAUACUGCGGUAUCAUCACUCUCCGAUCCAUCAAUAACAACUCUCAAUUUCGUUCCUUCGAUCCUUCAAACGCUUUACAAAAGCGUCUCACCUUCUUCCCACUCUUUAACCCUCAUUCACAAUUUCCUCAACUCGACUCAUCCAGAAUUAACGACAAGGGAAGAAGAAGAUAUACGGUUGGUAGCUCUUUGUUCAACUGGAAGUGUCUCUCAGGCAUUUUCGUUGAUCAGAUCAAACGAAAAUCCAGAAGAGAGGAAAAGACAGAGAGAAUUAUUAUGGUUAUGGAUUUUAGGUUGUUUCCCAACCAGUGGACAAAUACAGACCAAAUCGUUAAAAGAACUAUUACAUAUUCCAUUAUCAUCUGAAGAGAUUCAACAUCUCGUCGAUUUCCUUGUUCGACCACCUAAACGAAAUAUUUCUUCGGAGGGAUUAAGCUUGUUACAUGAUUUAAUCACUUUACGAUUAAUCCAUCAAGGACAAUAUUCCGAAUCUUUAUUAUUGGACAAACAACUCUCUGGACGUGGAACGACAUAUACGGGCGAUGAGAAACAACGUCAGAAUAGGAGAGAAAUGGUUAGGGAGUUCAUAUCGAUCUUACCUAAAGCUCAAAGGGACGCUCUGUUAGCUGAUCAAGAAUCGAAUAAAGAAAAAGAAACCACUCAAGUUAAUGGUAAUGGAGCUGGAUCUGGAUCAAACGAAGAUAUCGAUAUGUCAUCUUCAUGGGUGAACGUGAAUGUACCUUCAAAUGGUCCUUCAUAUGCUCAAAUAGCUGCUGAACCACCUUCAAUACCUAUUCCAUCGGCUGUCCCUCCCGAACAUACCCCAGCACCCACACCUGUCGCUGCUCCAACACCUAUCAGACCAUCUACUACGCACACAUCUUUAUUCACUGCAUCUCAAAACCCUUCUGCACCUUCACCUCAAAAACCUUCUUCACCGUUCUCUGGCCCACCACGAUUCUCCACUACUGCCGGUCCAUCUGUACAGGUCCCAUCACCUCGAAGAGUUUUAUCUGGAAGUCCAUUCAACUUACCACCUAGCUCGAAACCUAAAGGUAGUCCUGCCGCCUCUUUCACACCCAGAUUGCCUAAGACCAUCAUUAAUGAUGACCUGGAAGAAGAAGAUGAUGGCUCUGUGCUAGGUAGGAGAAAUACUCGAGGUAAAGGGAGGGGUAAUGCUCGAUUAGGUAGAGGUGUAUCUAUGAGUGUAGAGCCUGAACCUGUACCAGAGUUUGAGAAUGUAGAGGAGAAUCACCCAAUCGAAACUAUAAAUGAGGAACCUUCUUCAUCCACCUCCACCCAUGCCAAUCACGAAGGACCUCCAAAAUCGGCAAGGAGGUCUAGGAAGGUAGUCUCAGGCAGAGACAAAGAGAGGGAGAGGGAAAGUACGAUAACUCCACCUAGAUCUAGAACCAGACGGACGUCAACUGUUGAACCUAUUACACCUGGGUUGAAUGGAAUGCCCGGAGCGUUUGGAAAUGUGCAUUCGGAUGAAGAGAUGCCUCCACCUAGAUUGCCUGAGAGUGUACAGAAAAGCGGAAGAUCACGUAUAACGAGAUCUGCAUCGAGAGCUAUACUAGAUGAAGGUGAAGAAGAAGAUAAACAUUCACCACCCCCUACUAAGAAAACUAAAUCGGCUUCGACUUCGACGAGGAAAAUCACAUCUUCCAGAUCAAGAGCGAGUUUAGCUCCUUCUGAUAUAUCAGAAAUUGGAACUGGAACUGGAUCGGUUAGAAGAUCAACGAGGAGUAGAACGGCGUCGGUAGCUCCUUCAGAACAAGGUAGUCCGACACCUAGUCUGGGAGGGAGAAGUACCACCGGGACCGGGACUGGGAGGAGGACGACGAGAGCGGGCAGUGCAACACCUAGGAAGAGUACAAGAAGUAAGAAGUAG